CUCGGGGCCUGGGGGGUGGGGAGGUGAAGGAGGCCCCGGGGUGGAGGGGAGAGAGAACAGCCGGCCGCUGGGCCCCGCCGCCAGCUCGCCAGACGACGAGGACGACGAGGAGGAGGAGGAGGAAGAAGAAGCGGAGAGGAAGGAGGAGGAUGGAGGAUAAGAAGGAAGAAGGCGAAUCCGAGAUCCAGGAGCAUGGGCCCGAGCAUUGGUUCACUAAGUGGGAGCGGCAGUGCCUGGCCGAGGCCGAGCAGGAGGAGCAGCUGCCCCCGGAGCUGCAGGAGGAGGCGGCCGCCGCACAGCCCGAGCACAAGCAGCAGAAGCUGUGGCACCUCUUCCAGAACUCGGCCACCGCCGUGGCCCAGCUCUACAAAGAUCGAGUGUGUCAACAGCAAGGACUUUCCCUCUGGGUUCCCUUCCAAAAUGCAGCCACUGCCGUUACCAACCUCUACAAAGAAAGCGUGGAUGCCCAUCAACGAAGUUUUGAUCUAGGAAUUCAAAUUGGCUACCAGCGUCGCAAUAAGGAUGUGUUAGCAUGGGUUAAAAAACGCAGAAGAACUAUUCGUAGAGAAGACUUGAUCAGCUUCCUCUGUGGAAAAGUUCCUCCUCCACGAAACUCUAGAGCUCCCCCAAGACUAACUGUAGUAUCCCCUAACCGAGCUACUUCAACAGAAACUAGCUCAUCUGUAGAGACUGAUUUGCAACCCUUCCGUGAAGCCAUAGCUCUGCAUGGUCUUAGUGGCGCAAUGGCUAGUAUAAGCGUUCGUUCAAGUACUCCAGGCUCUCCUACUCAUGUAAGCAGUGGAUCGAAUGCUAGUCGAAGGAGAAAUGGACUCCAUGAUGUGGAUUUGAACACUUUCAUAUCAGAAGAAAUGGCACUCCACUUGGACAAUGGUGGAACUAGAAAGCGUACCUCAGCCCAAUGUGGCGAUGUCAUUACAGACUCACCAACUCAUAAACGCAACAGAAUGAUCUAAACUGCAAAAUUUUCAAACCCACCAUGCUGCUUGAAAGCCACUUGAUCCUCAACAUACUAUUGAAAAGGAAACAUGAGGCCAUCUUCCCUUGUUCACUGUUUUAAGACAAGUGAAUUCAAUAAUGAUUGCCAUAAAGGAAGUUUUAGGUAUUACAGUAGAUGCCUCUUGUAACUAUGGCUUUCUUAAACUAUAAUCCUAGCAGAGGACAUCAGAUAUUGUGUAGUAGUUAGCAAGAUCAUCAUAGGCAAACAUGUAUCCGUUCCAAGGCUAAAAGUGACCUUACUUGUAUUCUUAAAGGGAAAGGAAAUAUCAGAUGUUUAUUUGGUUAUAGAAUGCUUUUUUGUCCUUUAUUUCCUGCUGUGUUGAGUAUUUUGCUUCAACAGUAUUUGCCAGUUGACUGAAAUUGUCUAAAACAUGACUUGGCAUCUUUGUCAAAUCUGCAGGCUUCCAUUUUCGCAGCACUGUACCAUGCACCUAGUUUCUAUAUAGUAACAGUGUGCAAGUUAUAAAUAUUGGACUGUGCCCUUUUUAGUUUUAAAAGCAGUUGAUAAUUCUGGUGAUUGUGUGAUAAUGUAAAGAGGUGCUAUGAUGGUCAUGCAAUUAAUACUUAAUAUUGAAUCAAUACAAGGAUCUUUAUUGGAUUCACUUUGUGUGUUUUAGUGCUCUAAAAGUAGCAAUAUUAAACUUUUCCCCAAUUAACCUCAUAGACUUUAAAAUUUUCAGUUUUGAAAUGAUAUAAUGUACUUAUUUACAUGCCGGUACUGUCCUUGUGGUAAGUGUAAGCACUGCAGACUACAUUCUGAGUGACCUAAAUUUAGAGAGGUCGUAAAAUUUGAGAAUAGGCCUCCUUUUGGGUUCAGUAUUAGUGAAGGGGUAGGUAUCGUAUGCAACUAUAUAUCCAGUUUUGCAUUUCUCACGAAUGCCCAUGUUUGUGGCAGGUGUUAACUUUGGGCUGGGUGGAGGGUAAAGGUAUGUAUUUUGCCUGCUAAUGAACAAGAUAUGAUCACUGUUUAAAUAAAAAGGGGGGUGGGAGGGGAAACCAAUUGGAAUAUCAUUCUUAAAAAGAUGGAAUCUCAUGCAGGUUCUAUAAUUGUUAGGUAGACCUAAACAAAAGUUCUUUCAAAUAGACUCCUGGACAAAUGUAAGACCUCUUAUAGCUAAAAUGUUGUGAAGCAUGUUUUCUCUUCAUCUUCUAAUACCUUGAACAAAUGUAGUGUUCAUUAGAUGAAGAACUUAAUGUAAGCCUGCCAGUCACUGUAACUUACUAAAUGGCAUUCUUACAUCACUUAGGACAAAGAUAAGAGUGUUUCUUUGCCCAUUAUCAGUUAUUUCCGUUUUUAUGUCAAGACCAUUCAUUGCAAAUCAGUGUAGGGAUUUUCCAAUAAUUAAUUAUAGCACUUAGAGUUUGCAGUUUAUUGAACCACUUUAUAGUCUUGUGAAGACUUAAAUAAAAUUAGGCGCUAAAGGUGACCAUAAUACUCAUUGGCCUGGUAGGAUGUGAAUGGAAUUUUGAAAGUUUGGAAUGAAUUGAAAUUCUGGACUCGUUUUUUGACCUUAUUUUUCAUACUUGAACUUGAAAUGAAAAUCCAUUCUAAGACAAAAAUUUAGGUAUGAUUUUAAAAAAUCAUCCAUUUUUGCAGAGAACACACACACAUACACCCACAUACCCCUUCACCCCCUCUCUACAGGUACAUACACGUUCUCUCUCACACAGCCUCUUGUAAGGAAUACAGCCGUAGGUGGAAUUAUAGUGCUCUGUCAUAUUUAACCUGAAACGGAAAAUGCCUAUGUAUUAUGAACACUUUUCCCAGCCUUCCACUUAAUAAGAAUUCACCAAGAAAUGCAUCUAAGAUCAUCUUUGUUUUUCUAUUGCUUGUAAAUUGAAUGCUGAAAUUGAGGUGUGUUGAUGUGAUGCUAAGAGUGGAUGGCACUCCUUUGCCUAAGGGAGCUUGAGGUAGUGGAACACAUUGAUUUAAUCCAUCCCUAAUGUAAUUUUGUUCUAGCUCCUCUUUUCCAAGUUGAAAUAACAAUUUUUUUUUGUUUUAAGUUGGUGCUCUGAACCUUAGUCCUAGUACCCUUUACACUAAAUUGUCAAAUUUUGAUAAACUUGUGCCAUUUUCUUUGGUAAGAGAAAGCAGGUCUUAAUGUCUGCCAGAUCACAAUUUAUAAGCCUGACAGGCUCCAUUAAACUUUUUUAAACUUUAAUAUUGGCUACUUUUUUUCAAUUUCAUUUAAUCUUAAUGCUACUUGUCACAUAAAGUACUUCCUUUCCCUUUUCCUACUCCCAUGCCCCAGUCCUUAUGUUUGCCACCCCUUUACAAAAUUAACCUUGAAGAUGCAUGUGUUUCCCAUGAGCAGAAUGAGGAAUGAUUUCUUAAGAGGAAAAAUAGGUCCAGCACUUAGGAUUUUGAAGCCUUUCUUGUGCCAGUUAGAAAAUGAAUCAUGGAAGAUUGCCUUUGUGUGUGAUAUUUUGUGGUUUUUUUUGUUUGUUUUGUUUUGUUUUUGGAAAAAUAGCUCUUAGAAGACAUUUUUGGUCUUUUAAGAACAGUGUACAUUGAACUUAAAACAUAGUACAGUUUGGGAAACCAGAACUUCUUCUUAACCUUGCUUGAUCCUUUGAUCCUUUAACCUCCACAGCUAAUCGGUUCUGUUUCCAUGUAGGCAGACUUAACUUGGCAUGAGUGGGUUCGAUACAUCUUAUGCUGCAGUGACCUGAGCUUGGCUAAAGUAUUAAAAACUUAAAAAUCAUAAUGUCUAAAACAUAAAACAAUAUUAAUGGAAAACUCAUUUGGCUGAAUCUAAAGUCCUGCAGUUAAAUUCUUAAAUGUGGUUUACCCAACUGGAGUAGUAUACACCUUAAAUCAUAAUCCUAAUAAAUAUAAAAAAAAAACCCACUGGGGCUUGUCUGUAGUUUUGUUUCGGGCCAUCAUACCUGGAUCACUGAUUAAUAUAAGUAAAUGAAGUUAAUUUCUAAAGGAAACCUGUUAAGUUUUGCCGGGCUAAUAGAAUUCAUUGAUUGAAGUUCUUGCUGAUUUUUAUGCCUAGAUUUGUAGAUUCAAGGUGUGUAAUUUUGAAUAUCUAAAGGCCAAAGAGCUAUGGAAUUUUUGAGGUGCUAUUUUCUUGGGAGAAGAAAAAGAGAUAGGUAAGAUUUAAUUUGAGGAUUUAAUGAACUUCAUAAUGUGUUAAAAGUGAACAUGCCAUGAAGUGACUUAGAUUUUUUUUGGGAAAAAAUACUUUAGAAAAUGAGAGGAAAGAAGAAGUGGUUGGAGGUUUGAUACUUAACAGAGUUGAGGGGUCACUGUAAAAGGAGAAAUAGGCAAAGCCUGUCCUGAGGAUUAAAAAUUAUUGAACAUCACUAUGUAUUGAAAGUGAAAAUGCCAUUUGGUAUCUAAACAGCAGCAUUAAGUUUGGGAAAUUGUAUUAACAGGUAGUUGACGUUUGGUAUUUAAUACAAUCUUUUUAAAAUAGUUAGAUUUGAGAUUAACAGGUUAUCACUUUUCGUUGGCUUUUUUGUGGGGAUAGUAAUAAUUUGCCCAAGGUCACAUAGCUCCUUAUUGGCAGAUAGCACUAGAGUUGAGAUUUUCUGAUUUCCUGGUCUUUUUUCCUUUGCUAAUGCUGUUUCAGGAUGGGUUCCUUACCUAACCAGUUACAUCCGGCACUUGCAACUUGUUCUCAUUUCUGUUGCUACUCCUCCCAGAUCCAAUGGCAGUUUCUUAUAGUCUAUGGAAAUUCCCCUAACUUUUUGGCAGUGGUAGGGAUGAUGAAUUAUUUUGCUAGAUUUAAAGGAAAUAGAUUUCCUUUCAAUAACAAGCUCCCCUAGUGCAGAGAUGUUAAAUGAAUGCAGUCUGAACCAGAUUAAAAUGUAAUUGAGAUAUGUUUAAUGAAAUAAAGAUAAAAUACAACAUAAUGUUAAUUUGUGGUUUUCUAAGCCAUAUUAUAUGCCACUUGCAGGAAACUUUCCAUAUGAGUUUGACACCAUUGCCCUAGUGUGUUUUUUUUUUUAAAUUUUCACAAUUUGAGGGACAUAUAUAGUACUAGGUAAUAUACAAUUGGAUCCCAGUUGUGAUAUCAAAUCAAUUUAUGCGCACUUGAUAACAUGUAACUUUGCAUGCUUCACAUUUUUGAGGGUAUAGUAUGACAGGGUCUUGGACAAAAUCUUGGGUGUAGAAAGGCAGAGUUUGGCUUUGUCUUCUACUUUUGGUGCUUCCCUCUCUCCUGUACCCACUCCCCAAGAACAUUCUGCUUAGAUUUGUCCUUACCUUAUGUUCUGCUUCUCUUCCUCUACCACCCCUUCAUAAAAUUAACUCUUUUUCAUCCUAUUAAAACUUAGUAUGAAAAUUUCUACUCAUACAUUUUAUUUGGGUUUUAGACAAGAUUAAUUCAUAGCAAGGUAUCAUUUACCACUUGGCUGUGAAGGGGGUAUUUGCCUUAAAAGAUAAAUUUGUUAAAGCAAGAAGGGAGGUUAUCUUGUACAAUUUCCUCCUUUUCAGAAGUAACUCCAUUGGCUAAAGCUAACAGUAAUUCGAUGACACAGCCAAGACUCCAAAGCCAAGACACUAGAACUAAUGUUUCCUUUGUAUUGGUCUGGUCUAAUGCUUUCUAUAUCAUACUGCUUUUGUUAAUCCAAGUUGUUGGUCUGUGAGGGAAACCAGUGUUUUAAUGCCCCUUGCUGACUUAGGACAUAAUACAGAGGAAAGAACACUGGCUUUGGAGUCAGAGGACCUGGGUUUGCAAUCUGCCUGAUGCUUAAUACUUACCAGCUUUUGUACAAGUUUACCCAACAUCCCUGGGCCUCAGUUUCUUCAUUUGUAAAAUGACAUGGGUGGAUUAGCCUAUGAAAUUCCCUUCUAGCAGUAAAUCUGUGUUUCUAUGAUAUUCCACAUAUCUUUGUCACUGUGCUUUCUGGAACAGGAUGAACAGGUAAAUUGGAGGUGGGUUGGAGUGGUGAUGGUGGGGCGUUAUCCAAAGAAAAACUUUCUCUGGUCUGGUAGGGGUCAGCCUUAGAACCCCUUCUGUGUCCCUUUCUUUAAUACUUUUAGUGUUUCCUUAUAUGCUAAAUGUAUGCCUGCUAAUUGGAAAACAUCUGUAAUUGGAGGCAUUGUUUAAAGUUGCACUUUUUUAGGACUCUAUCCUUUGUGAGAGUUUGUUGUAAUAAAUUAGUAAAUGCACAGUACUGUAACUUAAUAAAUGUGGUUAAUUUGGAAAAUGAA